GUUAUUAUAAACUGAAUAGGUUGUAAGUGAACUAAUUUAGUAUUUUCAAACAAUUCUGCUUGGAAUCUUAUUGGUUGCAGUGUUUUUACUGUAGCUUAACAAAAAAGUGCGGUGCGGUACCCAGUGUUCCGUGUGAAAAUCUGUGGCAUUUUUGUGAUUUAAAUAAUUCAUUUGGUCCACGAACAGUGUUUUGAAACUGUUUAGUAUUUGGUUGUUUACUACGUUUGAAUACUAAGGAGCAGCCUCGGCCGACCGGUUUUUCGUAAAAAGUGAAAUAUGCUACCUCGGAAAAGGAACAGGGGUCUGCUGGCGCUGGCGCUGUUGCUGCUGGUGCAGUCUUCUGAACAACACGGCUCUGGAGCACCUCCUGGGUCAUGCCUAGACCAACUCCCUCGGCAUCCCGACAUCGAGCCGCAGACCUCUGUGCCACCCUAUGUGGUAGUGACGUCAUCAUCCCAAGUCCGACAGGGGGAUAAGCUCAGCGUCACGAUUGGCAGCCAGCCGGGUGCGCCCGUGCCUAUUGGCGGCUUCAUAUUGCAGGCCAGACAAGUGCAGAACCCCGCCAGUAUCGUCGGCAAAUUCCUGACAGUCCCUGAUCCCGAGAAUACGCAGAUCAUCAGCUGCCGCGGCGAGAACGACACUGUAACGCACUCCAACCCUAAAGACAAGCCGGCGCAGACUUUCCUGUGGCAAGCGCCCACUGACUUCCUUGGAGGAAUCGAGUUCAGAGCAACAGUAGCACAAAGCUAUGCGACCUUCUGGAAGAAUGUGGAAUCGGCAGUGGUGGAAGUGGUGACCCCAGACACCGUGGUCACCACUACGGCUGUGCCUACUACCACUCAGAGGACCACUAUGGCUCCUCCUGUCGUUAUGGAAUCUAAGCCUAGAGCAGUUCCUACCCAACUCGACACCAUCUACCAGGGUUGUGCCGAUACUAAGCUCUGCUACGGCGUGCCCCAGAACUGCCUCAACGCCGGCAACUGCAAGGCCGUCGUGGCCAUCUUCGUCGCUGGCGACAAGUACACCUUCGAGAUCCAGGGAACGGACAACCCUAAAUACGUCGCUGCUGCUCUGAGCAUGGACAACAAGAUGGGAGACGACAGUGCCAUGGAAUGCGUCAGAAACGACAACGGAAGAGUCAGUCUCUUCACAUCCUGGACUUACCCUAAAGCAGAGCCCUACGUGCGAAGAUCUGACUCGCCUCAGGACAUUGUUCAGCUUUUAGAGUCUUCUGUGAUCGAUGGGAAGCUGUAUUGCAAGUUCACGAGAGAUGUGGAAUCUAAAGUUAUGGGACAGACGUUCAAUUUGGCUACAACGAAGUACAAUUUAAUGGUGGUUUCUGGAGAUAGUAUGAAAGACGCCGAUCGAGUAGGUUUCCACAGCCUCGCGUACGAGGCGACGGGCGAGCCACUCGCCCUGUCCAGUGUGGGUGCGGCCGCCGGGGCCUCCAAACUGCUGCUCAAGUUGCACGGUAGCUUCAUGAUCGCCGCCUGGCUGGGAAGCGCUUCACUGGGCAUUUUACUGGCACGGUAUUUCAGACAGACGUGGGUCGGAAAGCAGCUAGGUGGAAAGGACAUUUGGUUUGCCUAUCACCGAAUGCUGAUGGUGCUGACGUGGCUGCUGACCGUGACCGGCUUCAUCCUGAUCCUAGUAGAGGUCGGCGGCUGGUCCACUACGGGAGACAACCCUCACGCCAUCACCGGCAUCGUUACAGUUGUGCUGUGCUUUAUACAGCCCAUCGGUGCUUACUUCAGGCCACACCCUGGAACUAAGAAGAGGCCUAUCUUCAACUGGGUGCACUGGCUAUUUGGCAACGCCGCGCACAUUUUAGGCAUCGCAACAAUCUUCCUGGCGGUCUACCUUCAGAAGGCGGAGCUGCCGUCAUGGAGCGUGUUCGUGCUGGCGGCCUUCGUCGCUUUCCACGUCAUCAUGCAUGUCGUGCUUUCUCUAACUGUGUGCGUGUCGGAGGGCAAGAUUAGCCGCAGUCCCGUGAACGUGUUCCCUAUGAAGGACAUGAUGGGACAACAGCGGCAGGCCUCGCAGAUCGACAGGACCAUCGACGCACCGUUCUCCAGUUUCCGUCGACUGCUUCUCGGCAUCUACGCGCCCAUAAUCCUCAUAUUCGUCGUGGCCAUGAUCUGCCUAGUCGCCCUCGCGCCCAUCGGGGACACCUACAGCACCAUCAUGGGAGCUUGAACCUUAAUGCUUUAGCGAUAAGAUUAGUUUUAGGUUGAAAAUGUAAAGCACACUUAGGUCUUUUCACAAUUUAGCUUAAAGUACACAUCCAAUUUUGAAACGUAAGAAGCUUGGUUUUAGGUUAAAAAUGUUGAACAUGUACUUAGAA